AUGAAUGCCAACGGCAUCAGCACCAUUGUCGACAAUGUCCGAACCGACCUCGGCCUCUUCCUCGACGGCCGCUGGGCUGAGAUCGCCGCUCAGGAUGACGGCACUUUCCCUCGCGAAUCCAUUGUUCGCUCCGCUGUGAACCUGGCCGAGACCAUCGUCCGCCGCAGCCUGCAAUACAACGCCCGUAUACGCGCCAGCGGCCACCAUGAGCUCCAGCUGGAACUGGUAGAGAUCGUCGAGACAGCCGUCAAUACGGCUAUCAAUAGGGCCAACAGGUCCAAUGCCGUCGCCGCCCGUCCUCUGUACUCGGUUCCCAGAGAAGACGUGACCGGAGUUCUGCUCCCCUUCGUGCGCAAUAGCCUCUCCAUUCUCGAUUUUGACGUGAGGCACAGGCGUGUGGUCACUCCGGCCGAGGUCAUCGCUGCUCACGCAGCCUUGGUUGUCGACCCAAUCGUCAGCGCUGCAGACCAUGUGGAGAACGACGACGACGAGGCCGAGGACGACGAUGGAGACGAACAGGACGCUGGCAACCAGGCCGCGCCUCCCAACCCCAACGCCGGCAGACUCUCCUGCCCCUACCCUCGCUGCCAGACGACCUUCGCCGCCAACCGCCUGGACGCACGCCGCGACCACCUGGCCAGCUUCCACGACCACUACGAGCCAGGCGACCCCAAGGUGUUCUCCGUGUCCGAGGCCCACCUCAAGCGAGCACAAAAGCACAUCACCAUUGCUCGUUUGGUCCGCGACCGCACCCGCCUCAACCGGCUCAAGAGCCAGCUGUCCGCGGCCGAGGACAGGAUGCGCGCUCUCAACCCGAACUACAGGGCCACGCAUACCCUGGGUGCGGAUCGGGCUCCUCAGAACGUCGACGAGGUGGCGCUGGCGACGCUCACAAAGAUGGAGCUUGUCCGUCUUCUUAUCUCUGCUCGUCUCGAGCUUCAGAGGGGCUGGGAGGUUGAGAUCACCAGGCUUCAGGCCGAGGUUGCCAGGCUCCAGGCACUCCGCCGUCCGUAG